AGAGCUUCCGGUGUGCCCCGGAAACACAACAACAGCUGAGUGUGCGUGACUCAGACUCAUCAUCUUGCGGCUCCUCACCAUCGUUUUUCUGUAACGAAUUGUUAAGUUGGCGUCGCGGGAAGAUGGUAACCAUUCGGUUAUUGUAGCGGGAAAACGAACAAACGGGAGAGUUUUAACCCCGCGAGCCGCCGUCAGCACCCCCUACCCUCCCCGCGUGCGCGCGCGCGCCUCCGUAGGAGGUCAGUAUCGGAGCCGCGCAGGCGCUGUUUGUUUGUUUUGACGGUUAAAUAGAUUUCGGUGUUGAAGCGAGAAGAAAGCGGAAACUCUCCAGAAGCCAGGUGUGCGCAUGCGUGUUCGGCUGAAGUAACGAGUCCGGUCUGGUUUCAAACCGACCGUCAGACCAGAGUCCGCUGCUUCACGGUUUUGUAAGGGGCCCUGUCGGUUCGGAACUGGUUCCGAUCGACUGGUAAGCAUUGGCACCAGGCGAGGGGGUCCAGUGGAGGGGCUGGUUCCGGUCCCACUGACGGUGCGCGUGCAGGCGGCGGCGGUGAGGCGCCAUGGGGAACCAGCUGGCGGGCAUCGCGCCCUCGCAGAUCCUCUCCGUGGACAGCUACUUCUCUGACAUCCUUGACCACGAGUACGACAAAAGUUUGGGCAGCACUCGCUUCUUCAAGGUGGCCCGGGCCAAGCACCGGGAAGGUCUGGUGGUGGUGAAGGUCUUCGCCAUCCAGGACCCCUCCCUGCCGCUGACCAGCUACAAGCAGGAGCUGGAGGAGCUGAAGAUCCGCCUGCAUUCCUGCCAGAACUGCCUGCCCUUCCAGAAGGCCACGCUAACGGAGAAAGCUGCCAUCCUGUUCCGGCAGUAUGUCCGGGACAACCUGUACGACCGCAUCAGCACGCGGCCCUUCCUCAACAAUGUGGAGAAGCGCUGGCUGGCGUUCCAGAUCCUCAGCGCAGUGGACCAGGCGCACAAGGCCGGCGUUCGCCACGGCGACAUCAAGACAGAGAAUGUGAUGGUGACCAGCUGGAACUGGGUCCUGCUCAGCGACUUCGCCAGCUUCAAGCCCACCUUCCUGCCGGAGGACAACCCCGCCGACUUCAACUACUUCUUCGACACGUCCAGACGCCGGACGUGCUACAUCGCCCCUGAGAGGUUUGUGGACGGGAGCAUGUUCACCACGGAGAGUGACCAGAACACGCCGCUGGUGGACCUGACCAACAACAACCAAAGGAGCCGAGGGGAGCUCAAGCAGGCCAUGGACAUCUUCUCUGCAGGUUGCGUGAUCGCAGAACUCUUCACGGAGGGCGUUCCCCUCUUCGACCUGUCCCAGCUGCUGGCGUACCGGAAAGGCCUCUUCCAGACAGAGCAGGUCCUCCAGAAGAUCGAGGACCCGAGCAUCAGAGAACUGGUGGCUCAGAUGGUCCAGCGGGAGCCAGAGAAACGCCUGACAGCAGAGGAGUACCUGAAGCAGCAAAGGGGCGGAGCCUUCCCUGACAUCUUCUACACCUUCCUGCAGCCCUACAUGGCGCAGUUCGCCAAGGAGACUUUCCAGUCGGCCGAAGAGCGAGUCCUGGUGAUCCGCAAAGACCUCGACAACAUCCUACACAACCUUCGAGGGGGCUGCUCCUCUUCCUCCGUGGACGGCGGCGAUGGCGUGCCGAGCCCCCGGGAGGAGCAGGGCCUGCUGGUGCUGGUGUCCGUCAUCACCUCCUGCCUGCAGACGCUGCACUCCUGCGACUCCAAGCUGGCGGCGCUGGAGCUGGUUCUGCACCUGGGCCCGCGGCUCAGCGUGGACAUCCUGCUGGACCGCAUCACGCCGUACCUGCUGCACUUCUGCAACGACCACGUGCCGCGCGUGCGCGCGCAGGCCAUCCGCACGCUGACCAAGGUGCUGGCGCUGGUGAAGGAGGUGCCGAGGAACGACAUCAACAUCUACCCCGAGUACGUCCUGCCCGGCGUCGCACACCUCGCCCAGGACGACGCCACCAUCGUCCGGCUGGCGUACGCAGAAAACAUCGCUCACCUGGCAGAGAGCGCGCUCCGCUUCCUGGAGCUGGUCCAGGAAAACAACGUCAACUCGGAGCAGGACGUGAGUGGCGAGGACGGCGAGGAGAACAACCACCCCAGUGACAACUACGACUCCGAGCUGCAGGCGCUCCACGAGAUGGUGCAGCAGAAGGUGGUGACGCUGCUGAGCGACCCCGAGAACAUCGUCAAGCAGUCGCUGAUGGAGAGCGGCAUCACGCGCCUCUGCGUCUUCUUCGGCCGCCAGAAAGCCAACGACGUGCUGCUGUCCCACAUGAUCACCUUCCUCAACGACAAGAACGACUGGCACCUGCGGGGGGCCUUCUUCGACAGCAUCGUGGGCGUGGCGGCGUACGUGGGCUGGCAGAGCUCCUCCAUCCUGAAGCCCCUCCUACAGCAGGGCCUGAGCGACACGGAGGAGUUCGUCAUCUACAAGGCGCUGAACGCCCUGACCGCCAUGUGCCAGCUGGGGCUGCUGCAGAAGCCGCACAUCUACGAGUUCGUCAGCGACAUCGGUAAGCUCCGCCUCCACGCUGAGCCCCUGAACUCUGUCUGUAGAACUGUCGGUAGAUUUCUCUGCGCUGGUUCCGGGUCUCGUCUGACCCGACCGUCCGGUCCCUGUCAGGGAAUGACUGAGGCCGAGGAGGACAAGCUGCUGGCGCUGAAGGACUUCAUGCUGAAGUCCAACAAGGCCAAAGCCAACAUGGGCGAGCAGAACCACCAGGGCGACUCGGCCCAGACCGGCGUCAUCGACCUUGCCACGCUCGGCAUCAUGGGCCGGCAGGUGGACCUGGUGAAACCCAAAGCUGAGGCUGAGGAGAAGAAAGCCCGGAAGCAAACCAAGCAGGACUCGACCAUGAACGAGGAGUGGAAGAGCAUGUUCGGGUCUCAGGAGCCGCCGCCCUCCCAGCCCCCCGCCGUAAGUCCUCGUCUGUGAGGAGCGGUUCUGCUGGACCUCAGGCGAGUCCAGGUUCUGUCUGCAGCCGCUCAUCCGGUUCUCUUCUGUCCUCAGGUGACUGACGGGGCGGUGAAUCCCAGCAGGAAGAGUGUCGUCGCGCCGAUGGCCCCCGCACCACAUUUGGGGGUGAGUGGCCCCGCCUACCAGCGCCGCAUGAACACCUGCAAGGCGGAGCUUCAGCAGCUGGUGCAGCAGAAGAGAGAGCAAUGCAGCGCCGAGCGCAUGGCCAAGAAGAUGAUGGAGAGCGCCGAGUGGGAGAGCCGGCCCCCCCCGCCAGGAUGGCACCCCAAAGGCCUGCUGGUGGCCCACCUGCACGAGCACAAGGCCGCCGUCAACCGCAUCCGCGUGUCCGACGAGCACGCCAUCUUCGCCACGGCGUCCAACGACGGCACCGUGAAGGUGUGGGACAGCCAGAAGAUGGAGGGCAAGACCACCACCACCAGGUCUGUGCUGACGUACGCCCGCGUGGGGGGUCACGUGAAGACGCUGACCUUCUGUCAGGGCUCGCAUUACUUAGCCGUGGCGUCGGACAGCGGCUCCAUCCAGCUGCUCGCCGUGGAGGCCAACAAGCCGCCAAAGUCCCCCAAGGUGCAGCCGUACCAGACCAGGACUCUGGACCUGCAGGAGGACGGCUGUGCCGUGGACGUCCACCACUUCAACUCCGGCACUCAGUCGGUGCUGGCGUACGCCACGGUCAACGGCUCUCUGGUGGGCUGGGACCUCCGCUCCAACACCAACGCCUGGACGCUGCGGCACGACCUGCGGCUCGGACUCAUCACCUCCUUCUGCGUGGACAUGCACCAGUGCUGGCUCUGCUUAGGAACGAGCAGUGGCACCAUGGCAUGCUGGGAUAUGCGGUUCCAGCUGCCCAUCUCCAACCACUCCCACCCGGCCCGCGCACGAGUCCGCCGCCUGCUGAUGCACCCGCUGUACCAGUCGUCCGUUAUCGCAGCGGUGCAGGGAAACAACGAAGUGUCCAUGUGGGAUUUGGAGACCGGAGACCGGAAGUUCACCCUGUGGGCAAGUUCUGCCCCGCCGCUCUCUGAGAUGCAGCCGUCUCCUCACAGCGUUCAUGGGAUCUACUGCAGUCCAGCUGAUGGGAACCCUCUGCUGCUGACCGCCGGCUCCGACAUGAGAAUCAGGUUCUGGGACUUGGCGUAUCCAGAGAGGUCCUACAUCGUGGCGGGCGGAGCCAACGACUCUCUGCACUGUCCGUCUGUCUUCUACAGCCGCAAGAUCAUUGAAGGGACUGAGGUGGUCCAGGAGAUCCACAGCAAGCAGAAGAGCGGCGCCGCCGAGGACUCGCCCCGCCGCGGCCCGGAGUCCCUCCCUGUAGGACACCAUGACAUCAUCACGGACAUCGCCACCUUUCAGACCACGCAGGGCUUCAUCGUCACCUCGUCCAGAGACGGCAUCGUCAAAGUCUGGAAGUGAGCCUGGACCAGAACUGCUGGGUCCAGCAGACCAGAACCAAAAACCCAGAAGCUCCUCAGCCAUUCAAACCAUGGGACGAUCAGAUCCAGCAGACUGGACCUUCUCGGUUCUGGAGUUUGUGAAUGAAACUUCAGACCAUCGGACUGGCAGACGUCUGCCGUCUGCGCAGACGGAGCUUCUGUGUGUUUGUAAACGUGUCGGACGGGACCUGAACGCCUCGCCGUGAUGGGAAUGAAGACUCACACACUCGGACUCGUUACAGAAACUGUUUAUUCUGAUUCAGUUUCAUUCUUCCAACCUUCAAGUUUCAGACGUGGAGAACCCGAAGAACCCGGAAGAUCAGAACCAGUUCUCAUUUCCUCUGACCCACAAAGACCGGCGUCUGCUUCUGAAGCUGCAAUGCAAUAAAAGCUCAAACCUGAA